AUGGUACAGCUCCUGGACUUACCCCGCGAAUUGCGCGAUGCUAUAUACACAGAACUGCUUCUGUCAUGCCGACCGCGUCCACUGCUAGAGGACACCAGAUCAGACACCGGAUGGUGCCGCAUACAGGAGCCUGAAUCGCCUUUCUCACUUGGCUGUCUAAUUGCAUCACAGAGGAGACCGCCUACAUGUGCUAGCUUCCUGGCAUGCAACCGCCAAGUGAAUGAGGAAAUGAUGCAAAUCAUCCGGAGAACGAAGCGGAAAGGGCAGCUCGCUGCACACAUGGAUUGUUUUGAAGUUUCCGGCACAUACCAUUUUACGUGGCUUUCUGCGCCGCUCGUUACAACAAAAAGGAACGAUUUUCGGAAGGAGCAAGAGGACGGAAAUGCGUCACUUAGUAACAUCUUAUCGAGCUGGGCAUCAUUCUUUCUUGCUCCCAUCACAAGUCACCUUACAGGUCUGACUAGCAGAGUACCCGUAUCCAAGGCAUACGCGACGACUAUCGAGCGGCUGUGGAUGGACAUCAGAAUCCUGGAGCCGAAUGUAACAGCUGAGCUUGCUCCUUACAACCGGACAGCUUGGGAAGUGUGUGCAGCGCUCAGGCACAUAUUUGAGCACGGUCCGGACCCCAUCAUUAAGAGUCGGAAAAUCGCCUCUAUUGACGAGGUCGUCCUCAACGUGCUACCUCAAGGGACUCCACAUGGUACCCCUCUCAAGUACAGAUCAAGAUCACUGUCGACGACGUUGAUACACGAAUUCUCCAAGAAUUGGACAGAUGUAAUACGUGAUCAGCUGGUCAAUAUCUGGGCCAAACUCUGGGCUGCAAAUGACUUCAAUACGGUGGAUUACCAGGCACGAUACUAUCGCAUGCUGCUAGAGAAGAUCAACAAAGUGCGCAUCUGCGUUGAUGGAAAGACAUUCAAGACAAGAGAGUUGGCCAUCGAGUUGGAGAGAGGGAGAGCGGAAAUGAGGCGGAUUGCGCGGAGGUAG